AUGGAUCCGCUACAGCAGCCUGUCUCCGAGGUCCCUGCUGUUGCAGAGCCGCAGCAACUCCCGGCAGAAGAGCUCCAGGCGUCGGAAGCGCCGCCUGCUCAGGAAGUCGUCCCAUCUGAACCUGGCCCUCUGGAACAGCCGGCGCUGGCUCCUGUCAGUGUCAACAUAGAGCAGCCACUACCUGCUGAGCCUCACACGGGUCGCGUUGGCCUCGAUAACGGCUACAACAGCGAUUCCAAGGCGCACUACCACUCUCGCUCGACCGACUUCCACCACUCUGCUCCCGAAUACGCUCCUCCCGAUGCCGACGCCGCGACUCGUCUCAAUUCCUCUCCCUCCAUUAAUCACCAGCAACCUCAACUGCCACCGGCCUCCCGCCCUGGCUCUGGAUUCUCUAGUGGACCAGAGCGACAUGCCCCAUCUCAACUGCCCCAACCGCCGACGGACGCCGCUCAGCGACAGCCUGCACAGGCGUCCAAGAACAGCGUUGUCAUCAAAGUUGGCAUGGUAGGAGAUGCCCAAAUCGGCAAGACUAGCCUGAUGGUCAAAUACGUAGAGGGAAGCUGGGAUGAGGACUAUAUCCAGACCCUAGGUGUGAACUUUAUGGAGAAAACUAUUUCCAUCCGCAACACCGAGAUCACUUUCUCCAUCUGGGAUCUUGGCGGCCAACGUGAAUUUGUCAACAUGCUACCAUUGGUCUGCAAUGACGCGGUUGCCAUCUUAUUCAUGUUCGACCUUACCCGUAAGAGCACUUUGAACUCCAUUAAGGAAUGGUAUCGCCAAGGUCGGGGGUUUAACAAAACCGCCAUUCCUUUCUUGGUUGGCACCAAAUACGAUCACUUCGUGAACUUUCCUCGUGAGGACCAAGAGGAAAUUUCUCUCCAGGCGAAGCGAUUUGCCAAGGCGAUGAAGGCCAGUCUAAUCUUCAGCAGCACCAGCCAUAGCAUUAAUGUUCAGAAGAUCUUUAAAAUCGUUUUGGCCAAGGCAUUUGACUUGAAGUGCACCAUUCCCGAAAUUGAGAAUGUGGGCGAGCCUCUUUUGCUGUACAAGAAUGUUUAG